UUAGUAACCUACGAAAAUGUUUCGCGCGCGAAUCAUCACGAAAAAAUACACUCGCAUGUCACGAACUAUAAACCUCUCAACAGUUCGUGCUCUUAGCGGUUUGUUGCCGCGACAAUUUAUUUACUAUGUGUUUAGCGUAAUAAGUAAUCAUAAGUUAGCCGGUAGUACAAAAUUACGGUUACAGUGGUUAUCGACAAGUUUAUCAUUAUGUUAUUCUAUUCCUUUUUCAAGUCCUUAAUUGGCAAAGAUGUGGUUGUCGAGUUGAAAAAUGACCUCAGUAUUUGCGGCACAUUACAUUCCGUCGACCAGUACCUAAAUAUAAAGUUGACCGAUAUCAGCGUAACAGAUACAGAUAAAUAUCCUCAUAUGCUGUCUGUAAAAAAUUGUUUCAUUCGUGGGUCUGUGGUGAGGUAUGUACAACUUCCAGGAGAUGAGGUGGAUACUCAGCUCUUACAGGAUGCAGCACGCAAGGAAGCGGCAGUUCAAACAAGAUAACUUAUGAUUUUAUACUUAAAUCUAUCAUUUGUUUACCAAUGAUCUAUCUUUCACAUUGCCAAAUAUAACUUACAUAUAGCACAGAAAUUAUAAAUCAAUGAAAUUAAUUAAUACAUAAAGGAUGUACGAAAAGGCGUGUAGUUUGAAAGUACUUUGGAAUAUAAUGAUGCAUUGUUCUUUAA